UCUUAUAUAUGUACUUCAUGUUCCCUCGUCUCUAUUAGCUCAUCAUCUGUUCUUCAUCCUCUUCUAACUCUUCUCAGGAAGGCCUGAGUCUUCAAUACAUAGACCUCGUUGCUAUCGGGAAUAAAGGAAUUAAUAGCAGGAUAAUGGAGGGUACUGCUGGGAGCAUUCCAAAAUUUGGCGAGUGGAAGGCCAAUGACGGUGGUUCCCCUUAUACCAUGUAUUUUGAAAAUGCAAGGAAGCGAAGAAGCAACAUUGGCAUCACACCUCCCCCGGAGGCAUCUCCAGCUCGAAUGGUCCCUGCCCCAGCUGGCCCUAGAACUCCGCAACGAGCACCUGAUGCCAAGCCAGUGAAACCUCAGGACUGCGCCAAUCGAUCACGAAACCAAGCCAAAGCUGCACGAGGUGGCUCUGGCUCAGUGCCGACCUGGGGCAACUGGAAUGAGAGCAACAGCAGCGCAGGUGCUCAACAGUAUACACUUGUCUUUAACCAGCUAAGGGAGGAAAGGAGGAGUGCUCCUCCAACGCCUAGCAUUGAGCAAAUACAACGCCCUACUCCAACUCGAGCCACUCAUCAUGAUCUUUAUGAUCAUGCACCCAAGGGCUUCAAAUGCUGCGGGUUGUUUUGAAUCGAAGAGCUUAUGGCUGCGACAACACAAGUUGAUGUUUAAAUGGCAAAAAUACAUCUAGGUUCUCCACAUGCUUCAAGGUUUGAGCAGUGUAUUAACAAUGAACAGAUGUUGGGACGGCAGACAUUGAUUUUGAAACUUGCAUCAACUUCGUAGACAUUUGAAGGUGGCGAUAAUGAAUGUGUACACAUGUACAUGCCAAACACUUUUUCUUUGCAAAACUAAAAUAGCAAGUUUGAUCGACCUUCAUAUCCUUGUUAGAAAGUUCUAUUUGAUAUAAGAAUUUUGUGAUGAUGAAUGCAUCA